AUGGGCUCUGAGAUCGAUUGGUCACUGCGUCCCUCUUAUUCCCCGGAGCAGCUGGCCCGGUACUUCGACCGGAUUGAACUUCCUCAGAAGUACCGAGAAUCACCAGUAGUCAAGGCUGGGCCCGGUGUCGACAAUGAGUCCGCUCUGGCCUUCCUGGGGGCACUACAGCGCUACCAACUGGCAGCGGUGCCAUUUGAAAAUCUCAACCUUCACUAUUCAGUUCACCGUAGCAUUUCUCUAGAUGCUCAAAAGGUCUUCGAGAAAAUCGUGGAUACGAAGUCCGCUCGAGGUGGUUACUGCAUGGAGAAUAGCACACUAUUUGGGGCCGUUCUGCGCAGCCUUGGAUACAAUAUCACCUCCGUGGGAGGUCGAGUCAAUGAAGCUGCACAACCCAUGUCGGCUUCCAAAAACUGGAGGGGCCCCAAGUACGACGGAUGGAACCACAUGGUCAACCUCGUUACGAUUGGAGAGCAAAAGUACCUGAUCGACGUUGGAUUUGGUUCCAAUGGCCCGCACCAGCCCGUUCGCCUGGCGCAGAAUUUGGAGUUCAGCAACGUCGGUGACCAGUCCGGGCGACUGCUCUAUGCUCCCAUCCCCCAGCACACUGGCAAAGGUCAAGCUCUUUGGCAGUACGAAAUGCGUAACGGGGGCGGGCCAUGGAUCCCCGCCUAUUGCUUUACGGAGACGGAGUUUCUUCCGGAGGAUUUCGCAAUCAUCAACUACUUCAUGAGCACUAGUCGGGAGAGCUGGUUUACUUUUCAUGUAGUGUGUGUCCGAAUGCUCCUGGACGACGAAGGCCAGAUCGUGGGUGAUCUGACACUGUUCAAUGAUGUGCUGAAGCGUCGCCUGGGAGCUACCUCUGAGGUGGUGCAAUCCUUCAGCUCCGACGAGGAACGCGUGGUUGCUCUAGAGAAGUAUUUCAGGAUUCCUAUCUCGUUGAUGGACAGAGAGAGUAUCCGCCACACCAUUUCAGAGAUUCUAUAG